AUGAGAGGCGAGGUCCUUCACCUUCACCUGGGCCAGGCUGGUACCCAGCUUGGCAACAGUGCCUGGGAACUGUACCUCCUCGAGCAUGGCCUCGGGCAAGACGGUCGCCCGGAUCCCAAUACCAAGGACAUUGGUGAUGCUGGCUCGUUCGAGACGUUCUUCACCGAGACCAGCGGCGGGAAAUAUGUUCCCCGAUCCAUCUUUGUCGAUCUUGACCCUUCCCCCAUCGACGAGAUCCGCACUGGUGCUUAUCGCCAGCUCUUCCACCCGGAAUUGCUGAUCAGCGGCAAGGAGGAUGCUGCCAACAACUAUGCUCGCGGACACUACACCAUUGGCAAGGAAAUGGUCGACAAUGUCAUUGACCGAAUUCGACGUGUUGCCGACAACUGUAACUCUCUGCAGGGCUUCUUGAUCUUCCACUCCUUCGGCGGUGGCACCGGCUCUGGUUUCGGCGCUCUCCUUCUCGAGCGCCUCUCUGCCGACUAUGGAAAGAAGUGCAAGCUCGAGUUCGCUGUCUACCCUGCUCCGCGUGUCUCCACCGCUGUUGUUGAGCCUUACAAUGCUGUGCUCUCGACCCACAGCACCAUUGAGAACUCCGAUUGUACCUUCUUGGUUGACAACGAAGCCGUCUACGAUAUCUGCCGACGAAACCUGGAUAUCCCCCGCCCUAGCUACGAGCAUCUCAACCGCUUGAUUGCUCAGGUCGUGUCUUCCAUUACGUCGUCCCUGCGCUUCGAUGGUGCUCUUAAUGUCGACCUGAACGAGUUCCAGACUAACCUGGUCCCGUACCCUCGUAUCCACUAUCCCCUGAUCAGCUACGCUCCUGUCAUCUCGGCUGCCAAGAGUGCUCACGAGAGCUUCAAGGUUCACGACCUGACCUUCCAAUGCUUCGAGCCGAACAACCAGAUGGUUGUCUGCGAUCCUCGUAACGGCAAGUACAUGGCCGUCGCGCUGCUCUACCGCGGCGACGUUGUUCCUCGCGAUUGCAGCGCUGCUGUUGCGGCUCUCAAGGCCAAGGCUUCGUUCAACCUCGUCGAGUGGUGCCCAACUGGCUUCAAGAUCGGCAUCAACUACCAGAAGCCCGUUGCGGUGCCCACCGCCUCUCCGGCCGAUGGUGGCCUCGCCUCCGUUGACCGCUCCGUCUCCAUGUUGUCCAACACCACUGCCAUUGCCGAGGCCUGGUCUCGUCUUGACCACAAGUUCGAUCUCAUGUACAGCAAGCGCGCUUUCGUGCACUGGUACGUGGGCGAGGGCAUGGAGGAAGGCGAGUUCAGCGAGGCCCGCGAGGAUCUGGCUGCCCUUGAGAAGGAUUACGAGGAGGUCGCUGCCGACUCGUUCGAGCCUGAGGAGGGUGAGGUCGAGUAUUAA